AUGUGUUGUCAUUUGUAGGGUUAUUUUACUAAAGAAUAGAGGGUUUUAGUAAUAGGUAUUGUAAUAUUAUAGUAAUAAGUAUUUUAGUAAUAAGUAUUGGUGAUUAGUGUUGGCAUUAUUGGAGACCGUCGGUCACAGUGGUCAUGGUCAUGGUCAUGGUGGUAGUAGUUUAAGGGGGUUGUAACUGGUAAAUGUUUUUAAUAUUAUUGUAACAGUUUGUAUCUUGUGCAUACCCUAAGGUGCUAGAACUGCACAGGCCAUCUGUGAUUCUGGUCUCAGUGCUCUCAAAUCCAUGGUGAAAGACAGGUUGUCAGGAGGAGGACGUCGAUCUGGUUCCAGUGGAGGAGGAAAGCAGGUAGAGUUUUAAAGCUUUGUUUAUUAAUUAUUGUUUGUCCUUUGACAGUAACUGUCAACUUCUUCAGCUUUUUGUGAAAUUUUACAAAACCCUUGUUUAACAUCUUCUCAUGUUUUGAUCAAAGCACAUGGAGAGAGUGGACAUGUUUUGCCAUUUUUGAAUUUAAGCCAUGUUGCAAAACGCAAGUAUCUGUCAGCACUUUAAAAUAAGUAUUUAAAUGUUUUUCACAGGGCAGUGGAAAAGCUGGAGACAAAAAGGAUGUUAUUGAGUUGACAGACAGCAACUUUGAAGAAGAAGUUCUUAACACAAAGGACUUAGUUCUAGUUGAAUUCUUUGCACCAUGGUAAGUGUUUUAAAGUUUUUAAAUUAAGCUUGUUAGGAGAUCAGUGUUUUUUCAGUAGUUAAGAGUAAAAAUUAAAGGGAUACCCAUAGGUUUCUUCAAUCCUGUAAUCCCAUUGGUUUUUAUGAUUUGGCUAAUCGCAAUUGUGGACAUUCCUUUUACCACCUGCCUUAAGUAAAAAAAUAAGAUAAUGAAAUCAAACAAGUGCUGUGCUCAAAAAGGCACUUGACAAGGUCAAGGAAAAAUAAUAUGAGCAACUUUUGUUAAGUCAAGACGGGUGGAAUUUUCAACAUUAAUUAUAAGCAAAUGCAGCUUAGUGGUAGUUUCCUUACAGGAAUAUCAGUCCUUUAAAACAUUUGCCAAAUCCCGCAUGGCAAAAUCACUAUUAAACCUGGUAUCCCAUUCAUAACGCACAUCCCCAAAUCAGUUGUGCUCCUCUUUGUCUCUAAAAUCCUCAAUUAUCCUAGCCUUCAACAAGUUGAAUCCUGUAUCCAAGAAAACCUACUGCUGCUGGAUGCUACUGCUGCUGGAUGCUCAAAAACAGAGCCAAUGAUUUGCCUGCACAGCUGGUGAUUUUGCGUCUUUUCCGCUCAUUUCUUCACUUAACAAAAAAUAAUAAUGAUAAUAAAACUCACUCAGUGCCAGCUAUGCAGGCUACUGCAGGAUCCAGCAGCUUUUCUUUAGCAAUCUUUUUUAUCAUCAUCAUAAAAAUAAUUAGUUUCAUGAUUGCCGUUAAACUUCAAACUUGAGCUGAUAAAAGCAUUUAAUAUCUUCUUGUUCAUCCUAGGUGUGGUCACUGCCAAAGGCUGGCCCCAGAAUGGGCCAAAGCAGCAACAGAACUUAAAGGCAAAGUGAAAGUUGCUGCUCUUGAUGCUACUGUUCAUACUGUCUCAGCUAGCAGAUAUCAAGUUCAAGGCUACCCGUCCAUUAAAGUGUUUAACGCAGGAGUCAAGAAUGCACAUAGUGUUGAAGACUAUGAAGGACCAAGAUCUGCUUCCGAUAUUAUCCAGUUUGCUCUGGAUAAGCUUGCAGAAUCCAUUGAGCCACCAGAGGUUUUACAAAUUGUUAAGAGUCAGGUACUGAAAGAAAACUGCGAGGAAAAACCCAUCUGCAUUGUUGCUGUUUUACCACACAUCCUGGACACUGGGGCAUCUGGAAGAAACCAGUAUCUGAAAAUCAUGAAAUCAAUGGGCGAGAAAUAUAAGAAGAAGCUGUGGGGUUGGAUUUGGGCUGAAGCUGGGGCACAGCCAAAGCUUGAAGAUGCUUUGGGUAUGGGAGGAUUUGGUUAUCCUGCUAUGGCAGCCGUUAAUGUGCGCAAAAUGAAGUAUGCUACCUUAAAGGGUCCCUUUGACAAUAAUGGUGUUGAGGAAUUCCUAAGGACUGUUUCGGUUGGGCGUGGCUCCACCUCUCCUGUCAAGGGUGCAGCUUUACCCAGCAUUGAUGACACGGAACCAUGGGAUGGAAAAGAUGGAGAGAUGCCAGUAGAAGAGGAUAUUGAUUUGUCAGAUGUAGAUAUGGAUGAAGAUGAAACACCUAAGAAGGAGGAACUAUAAGACAGUGCACCUGGCUGGUUUGUUAACUUGUGUGCCAAAUUUUUAUGUCCUGUUCCACAGCCUGUCCACAACAAGACUUCUUUCAAAUUUUGUUUUGUUGUGUUCAUAAUAUUUUCCAAACUCACUUGGAACUUACUCCAUGUCGAGACCUUCAUUGAGGAUCGAAGUGCUCUAUAAAAGAUACACAAGCAAAUUUAGGAUGGAUUUUUAUUACUGGCAGCUUUCCUUAGUAUCAAAGUGAAAUUCUUCAAUAAAAAUAAAUAAAUGCCUUGAAAAGGGGGCUUAACAUGA